UAUGAACGCGAGAGGUGAGGUCACCUAUCAAGAAGGAAAACAACACAGCUUUUUCGCCUCUCCUAGUCGUCUACUUUGGACAUUUUAUCUCUCGGGUACGUACACAUACUCAAGCCAAGACUGACACGUCUCAAGCGUAACGGGAGCUAUCUUAGCAGCGGUUUUAUUGAAGGACUCUUGGACUUGAAGCUGCCACUUAUUAACUUGUUGAUCAAGUUUUAUGUCAGGCUUGAAUGGACGAGCAAUGAGCAGCAGCACUACUAAGAACGAGUUCCAAGUGGGAGGAAAGUACAAGCUAGUGAGAAAAAUUGGCAGUGGGAGCUUUGGAGAUAUCUACCUAGGAGUCAAUCUCACCAAUGGAGAGGAAGUAGCCGUCAAGUUAGAGUCUCACAAGGCCAGACACCCACAGCUCCUGUAUGAGUCCAAGCUCUACCGUAUACUACAGGGCGGAGUGGGUAUACCACAUAUCAAGUGGUAUGGUACAGAGAAGGACUAUAAUGUGUUAGUGCUGGACCUACUUGGCCCCAGUCUGGAGGAUCUGUUCAACUUCUGCUCCAGACGAUUCACCAUGAAAACAGUGCUCAUGCUUGCUGACCAGAUGAUUGGUAGAAUUGAGUAUGUCCAUAACAAAAACUUCAUCCAUCGGGAUAUAAAACCUGACAAUUUUUUGAUGGGAAUUGGCAGACAUUGUAACAAGUUGUUCAUCAUUGAUUUCGGACUGGCCAAGAAAUAUCGUGACACAAGAUCAAAGCAGCACAUCUCUUAUCGGGAGGACAAGAACUUGACGGGUACAGCCAGAUACGCCAGUGUCAACGCUCAUCUCGGCAUAGAGCAAUCGAGAAGAGAUGACAUGGAGAGCAUGGGGUAUGUUCUCAUGUACUUCAACAGAACCACUCUGCCCUGGCAAGGCCUCAAAGCAGCCACCAAGAAGCAAAAGUAUGAGAAAAUCAGUGAGAAGAAACUCUCAACACCGAUUGAAGUUCUUUGUAAGGGUUUCCCAGCUGAGUUUGCAAUGUACCUGAAUUACUGCCGUGGACUUCGGUUUGAGGAAGCCCCUGAUUACAUGUACUUACGGCAACUGUUCAGAAUCCUCUUCCGAACUCUCAACCAUCAGUAUGACUACACUUUUGACUGGACAUUGCUCAAACAGAAGGCAGCAGCUUCAGCCUCCUCCAGUAGCACCAUACCUGCGAUACCUCCAGCAGGUCACCACCCAGUUAGAGAUGACAAGGAGGAGUCCGACGAGAGGAGGAAAGUAUCCAGUCGGAAGCGUUAAUCUACCCAACCAACUCUCACUAUUAUAUCCACUGGAUUUUAUAACUUUAAUUCAUUUUUCCUCUGAUUUGUCUCAGUAUUGUAGCUCUCUGCUGUACUAUGGUUUGUAUACUCUUCUUCCUAUCUUGACUUUUCUUUUUUCUGUACUCAGUGUUGUCUGUGAUAGUCUGGUUUGUACGCUAAUGUAGUAUGUAUGUAUGUAUGUAUGUGUCUGUCUCAUUUGGUACUCUGUGUCUAAGUUGCACUUAUUUUGUGUGUACUGUAUAUACGUCACAUUUAUGUUCUCUCUAACUGUGUAUAUUCAGCAUUGCUAAGUUUGUAGUUGUAAGUACAUUCUAUUUAUUCUGUUACUGUACUUUUGCACUAUAAUAAUAUUUUUAUGGACAAAUCAA